UAACGAAAUUGGAGCCAAAAAUGCUCUCGAUACCUGUGAAUUCUGGCAACUCACCGGCGGCGGAUCUGGCCUUGACAGGUCGCCCACCGAAUCCCUCUGGUUUGCAAUCAACCCUCCCUGCGGGGACCGUUCCUGGAUCACAGGGCUCCACCCCCUUGAGCUACAAAACGGGGCUAGUUGGAUCGCCGACGAAGUCAACACCCGCAACACACCAAUGGACAUUCAUCGGGGCGCAUGACAUGGAGGUGGGUUCUUAUCAGGGAGAGCCCGAGCUGAAGAUUUCGGCACAGCUCAGGGAACGACUUUGUAUCCCCUGGAAACGCACACUUGUUGUCCGGCUUCUGGGGCGAUCAAUCUCGUACCAAUACCUAAGUUCGCAUAUUCGAUGGAAGUGGAAACCCAGUGGCACGGUGGACAUUCUGGAUCUGAACAACGCCACUUUCCUGGUCAAUUUCAGCAAUGAACAUGAUUAUCUACACGCACUCACCGGCGGACCAUGGGUGAUUCUGGACCAUUAUCUGGUUGUCCACCAGUGGUCCCCUGCUUUCCGGACCUCUGAUAAACCUCACCGGUCAGUUGUAGCCUGGGUCCAGCUACCCGAACUACCAAUCCACUUCUACCACCGGGAAGUGCUUUUCACCAUGGGGAACCUGUUGGACAGGACAGUCAAACUCGAUUAUCACACUGAGAAGCUUGAGCGUGGUAAAUUCGCAAGAAUCACGGUUGAACUCGACAUGACGAAACCUCUCAAAUCUCGGAUCCAUCUGGAUGGAUUUUGGCAACAGGUGGUGUACGAAAAUAUUCCUGAAAUCUGUUUUGAGUGUGGCCGAAUUGGGCACUCAGAAACCUCUUGCCCAAAGCUCCACCACCCGGCGGCGGCGCACCGGUCGACAGUCUCCGAUUUGCAGUUGGCCUUGCCGGAAUCUGCCCCGGUAGAACCACCGGCGGGAUACGGCCCGUGGAUGCAGGUGGUGCGGAAAUCGCGUCAUCAAACUAGGAAAGCCCCCAUCAAUUAAGCCAGCACGCCUGCAAACGUAACGAGCAAAGGAGGCAAUUUAGGAAAGGCAACUAUCAGACCUUCAGCGGAUCAGAAAAAUGAAAAAGCAAUGCUGUCAAAGCCGAGCCGGAGUAUGAUCCGAUAACGUGAACGGCUCGGUCAUUAGUGGUCCAGCCGGCAUUAAACCGUUUAAAAACCG